AUGAACAACCUCGACAAGAUUGUCAUCGGCUUCAACGCUCCCUACGCCGUCAUGAACACCCUCGCACCCAAGCAGGCCUGGGAACCCAUCAUGCCAGGCCUCUUCGAUGGCGGCAAGACUGGAGACGGCGCCGAGAAGUUGUGCCGCUUCUGCGGCGUCAUCUCCGCCGCUAGCACGGCCGCCACCUACGUCGUCGCCAAGUCUGGCAACGACGAGCUCAAGAAGCAGAUGCGCGUAAUCAACGGAGCAACCAUGAUCGGUUCCGCGGCCUGCCUCUCCCAGUUCGACGAGGACAAGGACUUCAACAACUCCUCCUUCGCCAAGCCCUUCAAGUACGGCAACAUGGCCCUCCAGAUCGGUAUCGGCGCCGCACUCCUCAAGGACGGCCUCGGCAAGUAA